CCACACGCAAUGGAGGCCAUACAAUUCAAUCGAACAUCGGUGUUUCUCAAAUGGCAGCCACCCUAUCCGAAUAAGACACGGAAUGGCAUUUUAACGAACUACAAUGUGCUGGUAAAGGGUCUGGACUCACAUAAUACAACACGCAUUUUCAAAAAUAUGACAAUCGAUGCCGGCUCACCAACAUUAUUGUUGGCCAACCUCAGCACUGGUGUUACAUAUUACAUUUCCGUUGCGGCUGCUACAAAGGUGGGCGUGGGCCUAUUCAGCAAGCCAGCCGUAUUGCGUAUGGAUCCACGCACACAAUCGCUCGAUACCGGAUAUACAAGUACUGCAACUUGUAUUUAA